UUUUUCUCGCCUUUCAUACUACUGCAGUUAUAGAAAGUUUACUAUAAAUAUAAUUUAAAGUAUAAUCGUCAUGGUGCGAUUAGGACCUUCUCUAACAGUAUCAGUCUAAGUGAAAUACAAUUGAUGUAGCUUCAUAAAAUGCUCAUGAAGAAGUAUGGAUUUCCAGUGCCUAAAACCACAUUUGUUUAAGUAUUUUCUGAUGAGAGUAAAACAAAGAACAUUAUAUAGAACAUUUUCCAAAAAAAAUGAUACUGGUAAGGUAACAGUUAGAAUUGGAGAUUCAUCCCAUGUUGUUAGACCACCUAAACAUCCUGAACUGGUUCCAGUUGGCUAUUUGCCUGCCAGGUUGCCUAGAUCUGUUCUUGAACAUUUACGAUGGAUGCUUCAGAAGGUAGACUGUAUGUUUAAUAUUGAUCUUCACUUUGAAUUGACAACAAGAUGCUUUGGGACAAGACAUUUUCUUACUUGGUCCACCUGGUCCAAGACGAAGGGUUUUUGCCUUGCAGUAUUUGGAAUUGACAAAGCAGGAAGUAGAGUAUGUGGCUUUAUCUCGAGACACUACAGACACUGACCUGAAACAGAGAAGAGAGAUUACAUCUAGCAGUGCUCAUUACAUUGAUCAGAGUGCUGUAAAAGCUGCUAUAGAAGGAAGAGUGCUGCUGCUUGAUGGGAUUGAGAAAGCAGAGAGGAAUGUUCUUCCUGUAUUGAAUAACCUUUUGGAGAAUCGUGAGAUGCAAUUGGAAGAUGGACGUUUCCUUGUCCAUCCCGUUCGUUAUGAUAAACUUCUGCUGGAACAUUCUAAAGAUGAGUUAAGUUCCUGGAACCUUGUUCGAGUUGCUGAUAACUUUAGAGUAAUAGCUUUGGGUCUGCCAGUUCCCCCAUAUCGAGGUAACCCUUUGGACCCUCCGUUAAGAUCUCGGUUUCAAGUCAGAAAUAUUGAACCAAUGUCAUUUCAGGAACAAUUUACUCUUUUGAAAGAACAGCACGACAAGAUUGCUGUAGACAAACUUUCUCGUAUCCUUUCUGUUGCUCACACUUUGAUGACAGAAGAAUCAAAGACUCUAGGCUUUCCAGACUUUCCUGUUGAGAGUUUAUCUGACAUGGCUUAUAUUCUAGCAAAAGUUCCACAAGUUUCAAUGAACAAGUUAAUCAGCUGGCUCUAUCCAUAUCAGGCUUUUUUAAACAACAAGGGAUGUAGAUCAGUUGAACAUGUUCUAAAGAACCUUCAUGUCGACAGUGACAGUCAUCUUGAAUUUGAAUCUGUACAGCAUGAGAGUAACAAUCAGAAGUACUUGGCAGUAUUGAGAGAUGGAAAUGAAACAAUAAAGUUUGAAGUAGAUGGUGGAAAGCGUACUCAUCUAUCUACCAUGAAACCAUUUGUCUCUACUUCAUAUCACAAAUCCCUCUUAGCAGAGAUGCUUCAGUGCCAUUUAGUGCGAGACUUAUGUAUCAUAGGUCCAAAGGGAAGUGGGAAAAGUGCUUUAGCUGGUUAUUUUGCUAAGUUACUCGGCUACCAGAUGGAAUUAAUGAUGGUGUAUCAGGAUAUGAGUGCAAGAGACCUAUUGCAGCAGCGAGUAACACUAGAGAAUGGUGACACUUCCUGGCGCCCAUCUCCGUUAGUGAUGGCAGCUUUGAAAGGGAAACUUGUAGUCUUAGAUGGAUUGCAUCGUGCUCAUCCUAGUACUCUCUCAACUUUGCAUAGUUUGACUCAGAACAGAGAAGUUCAGCUGUAUGAUGGAACACGUUUGUUACAUCAUGAUCGUUUUGAUCAAUUGAAGAAAGAAAAUGGUUUUAGCAAUGAAAAUUUGGCAGAUAGGAACAUAUUUAGGAUUCACCCCUCUUUCCGCAUCUUGGCAUUAGCUGAACCUCCUAAAGUAGGAGGCUCAUUUGAACAGUGGCUGAAUUCUGAGAGUCUGACUAUGUUCCUGUUCCAUCAGAUGCGAGCACUAACUAUGGCUGAGGAGAAAGAAGUCAUUGAAAUUUUGGUUGGUGCAACUUCAUUGCAUAUGCAUGACAUUUUGAAGUUUGUUGAAAAUUUACGAGCUUCAGAAGAUCCUAUGGUUCAGUCUUUGGCUCUUUCCUUGUCAACACGUCAGUUACUACGUAUUGCUCGCAGGUUCAGAUAUUUUCCUCAACAAUCCUGUCGAGAGGCAAUAGAUAAAGCAUGUAUGACAAGAUUUUUACCUCCUUUGGCAAAGAAUGCAUUAGAGAGAUCACUAAGAGAUGCUGGAAUAGAGAAAUCCUCUGAGCAGUUGCAGAAAAAUGCUACAGAAUGUUAUGUUAAGGAUGGGAUAGUUUAUAUUGGCAAUACCUCAACACCAGUACACCAGGCUGGUUCUGGGAAAGUUAAAGUUCCAGAUAUCUUAUUUUUUGAAAAUGACCAGCACAUUUCUAUAUUGGAAGCCAUGUUACAAGACUUUACUUUAGGAGAACACUUGCUUCUUGUUGGUAAUCAAGGUGUUGGAAAGAAUAAGAUUGUUGAUCGUUUCCUCCAAUUGUUGAACAGACCUCGUGAAUACCUACAGCUUCACAGAGACACAUCAGUUCAAACUUUGACCUUGCAGCCGUCAGUUAAAGAUGGACGUAUUGUUUACCAAGAUUCUCCCCUAGUUCGAGCUGUUCAACAAGGCCAUAUUCUGGUUGUGGAUGAAGCAGACAAGGCUCCAACUCAUGUCACCUGUAUACUAAAGGCUUUGGUUGAAUCUGGAGAAAUGUUACUCUCUGAUGGACGUAGAAUAGUUCAUCCAGGUGACACUGAAAACCUCAAUGACAGUGCUGUGAUUCAAAUGCAUCCAGAAUUUCGAAUGAUUGUAUUAGCUAACAGACCUGGUUUCCCUUUUUUGGGAAAUGAUUUUUUUGGAGCUUUAGGUGAUAUAUUUAGCUGUCAUGCCAUAGAUAAUCCAACAGUACAAUCAGAAAUGACUAUGCUACGUCAGUAUGGACCAAAUGUACCACAAAAUAUUCUUGAAAAAUUAGUUGCUGCUUUUGGAGAACUUAGACAACUUGCUGACCAAAACCUCCUGAAUUAUCCAUAUUCUACCAGAGAAAUUGUCAACAUUGUCAAACACAUAGAAUCCUAUCCAGAAGAUGGUGUGGCUCAAGUGAUUAGGAACGUCUUUGAUUUUGACAGUUAUGCAACUGAGACUAAGAAGCUGCUCUUUUCAGUCCUUCACAAACAUGGGAUACCUGUAGGAGCUAGAAUUCUGGAUGUUAAUUUAGGCAGAAAAAUGCAACUUCCUCAACCAGUAUACAGUUACAAGUGGAUUCCUUCGUUUCUGAAAAAUCCAUAUGUUCAGAAAAGACCUUUAAACAUAAAUAAUUUAGCAAAAUGUACGAGAAAAAAUUUUAUGGUAGAAAAACAUGAUCCCAGAGGAACAGUAUUCACAGAGCAGUUGAUGUCAUGGAAACUUCCUCUCGAAGAUAUGUCCAUCAUAACUGAUGUGGUAGUGACUAAUGGUGUAGAUGGAGAGAAAGCCAAUAAAAUUCACAUUAUGUCAGCUUGUCCUUCAUAUUUGUUCUCAUUGAGUCCUUCAGAAGAAAUGGCAUCAGUGCUUGAUCUCCAUUCAAUUUUACCCACCACGUGGGGUUUUGACCGACUCAGAUUUCAACUUCUUCCUUUGUCUGAACAGUGGAGAGACUGGCUUGUAGUACAUGAAGGAUUGACAAACACAAUGCUACUUGUGUGUCCUUCUUCUGGUAAAGUGUCUCAAAUAAAGACAGGAGCAGGUCUUAUGGAAGCAACUGUUAACUUUGCCUCCUCAUGGUCAAGAGGAACCCAGAAGCAACAAACAAGAAUUGCAUUUGGUGGUAAUGGCAGCACAGUGGUCACCUACCAAUCUUCUGGAACCAAAAUUGAUAUCAUGGAACUUGACUCAAAGUUUACUUGGACUGUUGAACUUCCAUUUAAGGUACACUCUGUUCAUGCAAUAAAUAAGAAUGCCUUUCUUCUGUCAUCACAGGAGAAAAACAGAUAUCUGCUAGAAUAUCAGGUCGUAGAUCAAUGGACUCUUCAAAAACUAGUGGAGAGUUCAUUAUCAGGAUAUCCUGGCCAAAUUGAUGGGAUUAUUGGAGGGAAUCAGUUAUUUAAACCACUGAGUGACAAUCCAGAGUCUCAACAUGUCUUGGCAACCAGCCAAGAUUUUGCUGGAGUGGCAUUAGGCCUGUUGGAUCAAAAAGACUUAAUACAAAUCCACACGUAUCCUCGAGAAAUUGGGGAAGUAAACAAUACUGGAGAUUCAAGGGUAUGGUCUUUGUCAUCUGGUGAGCAGCUCAUUCGUAUUCGUCAACCUGAACUGGUGCCUCUUUCUGUGAAAGAAGAAGGUGGUGAAGGUCUCUUUCUUGAAGUUGUGGAUUUGGCCAAGAAAACUGUCAGCUUUAUUCCAGUAUUCCAGGUAGAAGGAAGUGCUCAAAGACGAAAAAUCUUUCCAUAUGACAUUUUGGCUUCUGCUGGCAGUGAAGAUUUUGUAACAGUUGACCAACGUGGAAAUGUCAAAAUGUGGGAGCUUGCUCCUAGUAAACUAGAGAAAUCUCUUUAUCAUUGGAAGAAACUUGUUGGAACUGAAGAAGGCCGUGAUUUACAGAUAACAGUAGAACAAGAAAGUGGAAAGAGUGUUAGUGCACCUAAACACGGUCGUAUUGAUCCAUCAGGAGCCCCCCAUGUUGGAGGAAACACCUGGGCUGGGGGCACAGGUGGGCGAGACACUGCAGGUCUUGGAGGGAAAGGGGGUCCAUACAGGUUGGAUGCUGGUCAUGAUGUUUAUCAAGUUCCAGAUUGGGAAAAGAAUAAUGUACCAAUUGAGGUUAAGAAAGCUGCAAGAGAAAUGGCAGAAAAGGCAUUCAAGGAAAGAUUAAAUGAAAUCAAGAUGAGCAACUUUGAUGCCCAACUCUAUCAACAAAUCUCAGGUCCAAUACAGAGGCAGGUGCAGUCUAUGAGGGUCAUACUUGACAGUGUUCAGGCUAAAGGGAAGGAACGUCAGUGGAUUAGACAUCAAACUUCAGGAGAGCUGGAUGACAGUAAACUAGUAGAGAGCUUGACUGGAGAACGAUCAAUAUACAAACGGAGAGGAGAACAAGAGCCUGAGCUGGGUAGUCCACUGGAGCUUCCAAAACGAUUGCGGUUGGUGGUCGAUGUCAGUGGCAGCAUGUAUCGUUUCAAUGGUUAUGACAGACGUCUUGAUCGACAGCUUGAGUCUGUGCUUAUGAUGAUGGAAGCCUUUGAGGGUUAUCAGCACAAGUUUCAGUAUGAUAUUGUUGGCCACUCAGGAGAAGACUCAAAUAUCCCAUUUGUUCCUGUAGGAAAAUAUCCUGCUAAUGACAAAGAACGCCUUGAUAUUCUUAAGAUGUUGCAUGCUCACUCUCAGUUCUGUAUGAGUGGAGACAACACUUUGCAAGCGACUCAGGAUGCCAUUAAUGCUAUCGCAAAAACAGCAGCAGAUGAACACUUCGUCGUUGUUCUCAGUGAUGCGAAUCUAGAACGGUAUGGUAUUCCUCCAAGGGCUUUUGCAAACGUCAUGACUUCUGAUCCUCAAGUGAAUGUUUAUGCUGUCUUCAUAGGUUCUCUUGGUGACCAAGCCCAUCGAUUAUCACGACAACUACCACCUGGACGAGCAUUUCUGUGUAUGAAUACCAGUGAACUGCCUCAAAUUCUUCAACAAAUUUUUAUGUGUAGUAUGCUGACAAAUUGAACUCCAAAGCUUGGAAGUUCAGCACAUAUGAUCCCAGGUUACUAUAGCCCACUUAAAAGUUCUCUCUCUUGUUUACCAAGAUAUGUGUACAGUAUAGUUUCUAUUUAGUGUAAGAGUCAAUUUAUUAAAAUGUAAAUUUAUAUAAAUACUGACUACACUUUAGCUUGUUAUUUUAUACAAGUACUACAAUCAAUAAUCACAGGUGAUGUUGAUGUACCAUAAAUUAUGGAAAUAUGUAGGCAUAAUUUAAAAUAAAUUCUUC